AUGAGUAUAGCAUAUGGUGCUUGGAAACCUCAGUCAAUUAAAUCAACAAACUCGGGCCAGGUAGAAGUACAGAACACUUCUUCAGCAGAAGUCACUGGUGAUGCUCCUAUUAUAGAUAUGCACGUUGGCGGCAAAGAACUCAAGAAGAUGGAUAUCGGCAGUGAAAGUGACCCAAUGUGCGUUCUUUUCAUCCCAAUGAACGGCCGCAUGGUAGAAGUCGCAAGAACAGAAGUUAUUUGGGAUAAUCCAAAUCCUCAAUGGGUCAAAGUCCUUCGCGCUCUCUAUGUUUUCGAAACAAACCAACCACUAAGGUUCUGUGUAUACGAUUGUGACUCUGAAAAGGGCGAUUUAUCUCACCAUGACUUCAUUGGGUAUUGUGACACAAAUGUACAGCACAUUGUCACAAAUUUAGGAACAGAAAUCGUCUUAGAGCUCAAGCAUGAUACGCAACAUGAUAAGAGAGGCUUCUUAACUAUUAUUGCGGAACAAGCUCAAUCUUGCAAUUCUCGCGUUAAAAUGGAUUUCGCUUUCAAGAAUCUGAAGAAAGUACGCACAUUCCAUUCAAACCGUCCAUAUCUCGUCAUUUCAAAGCCAAGCGAAACAGGAAAACUACUUCCAACAUAUCGUUCGGCAGUUUAUCCAAAAUGCAACUCCUGCAAUAUCAAAACCUUUGAGAUCCCGCUUCAGUCAUUAUGUAACGGCGAUAUGGAUGUUCCUUUGACACUUUCUGCUUAUGAUUUCCGCGAAGGAAAGUUGGACUACUUAAUUGGCUCCGCUCAAAUGUCCCUCAAGGAAAUGAUGGAAAAUACAGGCACGGAACUCGUUAUCAAGAACAAAGGAAAAGAAAUGGGUAAAAUCAAAAUUGGCUCCAUCCAAUUAACACAGCAUCCAACAUUUGUUGAUUACCUUCGCGGAGGACUCCAGUUGAACCUUAUUACAGCCAUAGACUUUACUGCUUCUAACGGAGAUCCAAAUAAUGCAAAUUCUCUCCACUUUAUCAACAACCAAGCUCCAAAUCAGUACGAGACAUGCAUCUGGUCUGUCGGUGGCGUUAUCUGUCCUUACGAUUCCGAUCAGAAAUUCCCAGUUUUCGGAUUUGGUGGAAUUGUUGGCGGACAAGUCUCCCACUGCUUCCCUCUUACAUUCAAUCCAAACGAUCCGAACGUUGACGGCCUCCAGGGCAUCAUCGGAGCUUACAGAAAUUCAUUAUUCAAUGUACGCUUAUCAGGACCAACUCUCUUUGCUCCAGUUAUUCAGGCAGCAACAGGAGUUGCUAGAGCUUCAUUCGCAGAGUCUAGAACUUACACAAUUUUACUUAUUAUUACGGAUGGCAUUAUUAACGAUAUGUCUGCCACAAUUGAUGCAAUUGUUGCAGCCACUGUUGAUGCCCCGCUCUCCAUCAUCAUUGUCGGUGUCGGAAAGGCCGAUUUUGAGGAAAUGGACAGACUUGACGCAGAUGAGGUUCCUCUCAGAGCUACAAACGGCCAAGUCAUGAAGAGAGAUAUCGUCCAGUUCGUUCCAUUCAGAGAAUUCGCUUCAAGAGGCGGCCCGGCCCUUGCUGCCGAAGUUUUGGAGGAAGUUCCUCGCCAAGUCGACGAAUUCUGCCAUCUCGUUAACUUUGUUCCAACUCCUGCUCAACCACGUUACCCAGCUCCAAAGCAGUGA